AACAUGGUUAGCCCAAAUUAUGAACCCGGCUCCGUUGGAAUCAGGGGCAAAUCUGUUCUUGUUCAAAAAAACCCUCACCUAAACAAAAAAAAAAUAUCUCGGUUCGGCAACCUCUUUUUUAAGCCCUGCCGAUAAAAAUACAAGAAUAGCAAGUUGAUAAAAUUAAGUUCAAUUUUUUCCAAGUUGUUCUAAAAAUCAAAAUGGCUAAUUUAGUGCCUUUAUCUGUAAAUUGAACAGAGAAAGAAAAUUUUGAACCGAGUUUUUAGUUCUUCAAUCGAAAUCUCUGCUAUUAAUAUCAAUGGCAGCAACAUCGCCAGUUCUGGUAUACUCGAAGCUACCUUCAUCUUCAUUCUCCUGCUGCAAUGUAUCAAAACACAAAUUUUUUUCUCACAGACAUUUUCACAAACAGUUGGUGUGCAAUUCACAACAACCCCGAAUACAUCUUGAAUUACCCAAAUCCCUCUUGCCUGAGUCCUCAAUUCCCUUCAGCAAUGUCAAUUCUUCGCCUUCACGGCAAUAUCUUAGUGGGUUUCGGUCAUCAUUAAUGCCUGUCCAAUGUUCGUCUUCAUAUUCAGAUGCACCAGAAACAGUGGUGUUCGAAAGCCUAAAGGGGUUUUCUUUGGAUUCAGUGAAAAUGGGUUUGUCUCAGUUGACUCCAUUUAAAGUUUUAAAAUGGGGUUUGAUGUUUUCCAUUGCUGCAAUUGCAUCCAAAUGGAUGCUGAAUGUGCUAGUGAAUCCGUUCUUUUGGAUGUAUUUUAGUAUGACAUGGUUAUAUUGGCCAUGGAUGGUGGCUCUAAGUUUCGCAACUUACAGUUUUUAUUGCUUAAACAAGCAUUUACGUGGGGAGGCAAAUGUGGUUGAGCAGUUUGUGAUUGUUAGUUCAGCAUUCACUUGGCUUACGUUAGUACCACCUGCACAUUUCAAUGGUUUUCUUGAAGGUUGGCCUGUUGUGUUCUUUUUGGUGUAUCAUUAUUUCUUUUUCUUGAAUGUGAGUAUACGUAAACGAAUGUAUGGUGAUUACAAACCGAGAGAGCAUGACCCGAGAUGGGAUGUUAGUUUGCCUAAAUGGAAGAAGUUGUUGUUUUGUGUUGGAGUUAUGGUUGGUCAUUGGGUUGCAGCAUUUGAAGGUCCGGAAUUGCAUCUUGUACCUGGUGGAUGGAGCAAUUUGGGCAUUUGGGGUUUGAUUGUGAUGGCAGUGUUUAUGCAGUAUCAUUCUUCGUUGUAUUUGGCGAAGUAUUCGGAGAAGGUGGUGGUGCCUACUGCUGUCGUACAGUUUGGUCCGUAUCGGUUUGUUCGUCAUCCUAUUUAUGCUUCAACCAUGCUCUUGUUUGUUGCUUAUUGUAUUGCUCUUAGGGCGCCUUUGAGUGCUCUCUUCAUUGCUGUCGUUUGCUCCGUGUACUAUGGGAAUAAAGCUAAGUUAGAGGAAUGUUUGAUGGUAGAGAACUUUGGUGAGAGAUAUAUGGAGUACGCAAGUAAAGUUAGAUACAAACUUAUUCCUUAUGUUUAUUAGUGCAAGUUGUUGUGAGUUGCAUAAUGUUUUCUUGUGUAAUGCAGAAAAGAGAAUGAGAAUAGGAACACCUUAAUUGGCUUUUCCGAGAAUUUGUAGUAAAAAAAUCAUGAAAAUUCAAACUUUUUCAGGAGUAACAGCAGGGAAGACAUAAACUUGGCCUUCAAAAGAAAUAGUUUGUUCUAUUGUUUCAAAUGUAGUUUCCUUUUGUUGUUCUU